AUGUAUGGACCUGUGUCGACUUUCAACGCUAUUCCCCUAACAACUGAUAGCGUCUACGUCAUUCGUGACGUAGCGGGACAGAUCGAGGCAGGCAAAGGUCUAACAGCUGAGGUUUUGACGGACACGUUGGUAUGGCCGAAUGAGGUUGGAGAAGUACCCGAGGAAGUAUUUGGCCGAAAUGAUAUCUGGUGGGCAGCGUCAGGGUUCCUGGUACCAACCAAGACCGAUGGUGUCGUCGCUCUUCUGGAUGCAGGAGUUAUGGUCCCAGCUACUACCUACGAUAUCUCAAGUAGCCUUACGGAUAGAACCAAGUGGUUCUAUCACCGUGUGGAAUGGAAUGAUAUGAACAAAGAUGGCCGAAUCGACGCAUUGGCUUCAAGAGUCUACCUCAGUUCUAACGGUACAUCUGUAGCUGAGGCAGUUUGGUUUGAGCAUCCACGCUUCGGCGAGCCUCUUGGACAACCCUGGACGCCACAUGUCCUCUUCUCAGGUCCAGACUCUCUCUUCAGGUUCGAGAAGAUGGCAAUCCCUGGAGGCAGGCAACUCGAGGUCAUCAUCAGUGCCCAGUACUUCUCAGAGAAACUCGUAGUUUCUUGGGUUGAAGGACUAUCAUCCAGCUGGUCUGACCCGUCCAAAAUCCAACACAGGGUGAUUGAAGAGGUUGUGGAUAACAGAUACUUCGACAUUGAGCUGGUAGAUCUGAAUGCCGAUGGACAGUUGGACCUGCUGGUAUCUAUUAACAGUGACAGCAAUGGAAAGCUCAUCGCCUACGAGAUUCCUCGAGAUUUCCGUACAGGUGUCUGGAGACGUCACUUGAUCGCCGAUGGAUUCAUACCGAGUAAUCUGAUCAUACUUGAGGGUAACGGGGCACCAGGCAGUGGCCAUGCAUUCUACCCAGGACCACCAGGCGACAGUUUUUUGAAUGUUUUUUUUUAUAUAAUUAUAUUAUAUUUUUAUAACUCUAGAUACAAGCCCCUGAUUCUCCUUACUGGAGAUGACGACAGUAACGUCUACGUCUUCGAGAGCACCUCAGACAACGAUCCGUCUGUGUGGACCUACACCAUGACGUCUAUAUUCUACGCUAAGGGAACCAUCGGAGGACCAGUCGUCAAAGACAUUGAUGGGGAUGGGUAUGCAGAGGUCUUCAUUCCUGCCUGGUCUGAGGGGACACUCAAUGUCUACACCUUUAAACCCUAA